AAAUUAUUAAGGAUUACGCAGAAUUGUAUCAGCAUAUUGCUUUCUUCGAAGAGGACCCAGUUAACCAGGCAAAAAUGCAAAAACGUCGCGCGAAAUACUAUGAAGAUUUACUUGAACUCCUCAAUCCAGUCUUCUAUAUGGGUAUCUGUCGCGAAUGUUGGUAUGGCGCCGGGCUCUCCUAUUGUGCCAUUUUAGAUAUUAAAUUAGAUGCACUAAAAGAACGUCGUACCCCACAGCCACACGAUUUACAAAAGAUAAAUCAAACCUGCCAAAAAGCAAUACAAAAUUUCCAAGAAUUUGUAAAAUCGUACACGGACAAAGAUAGUGACACGAUCAAAGCCAGUGCUGACGCGGAGGAGCAACGCAACGUGCUCUAUGCCUACUUUCAUUUGGGACGCUUACAUUUCAAAAUGAUAACACCCGAUCUAAACUUGCAACUUGAAAAUAUGAAUAAUAGCCUCAAGUAUUAUAAACUUUUUACGGAUGAAUGUGCAGCCCGCAAAGAGAUUGCCGAAACGCUGAACGCCGAAGUGGGCGUUUGCCGUGAAAUGGUUAAUUUGUUGCCGCUGAAAAUUGCCAAUAUAAAAAAACGUUUGCCAAAGUAGAUGCACCACAUCCACCACAUGUAUCACAUGCGACAUUUAUUUAUUUAUUGCAUUUAAAUUUUAGUUGAAAUUGAUUGAGGAUUGAGACAUUUUAAUGUGAUAACUUGUGUAAAAGUGAUUCAGGCGACGGUGCUAUUUUGGUACCUCCAUGGUUUGCUUCUGCUUGAGAAAAGUAAGUUCGGAACUGUCCAAUAGAAUGCAAUAAUUUAAAAUGAACGCUUAGGGACAAAUACAUACAAUGUAGCUAAAUACGUUGCCAAUUUGGUUAAUAAUUAAAUGAAUUUUAGAAUUGCAAUAAUAAAUACAGGUGGAUGGUUUUUCAAAUCAAUAUGUAAUUCGACCGUCUAAGGGCUGUGCACAAACAUUCUCUAUAUGUACGGUGACCAGAUUUCUGUGGACCAAAACAGGGACAUUUCUAAAGCAUCAAAUCCGAGCAUACAAUUUUAUUUUUAGAAUAAAAAGACAUAA